UCACACCAAGUCAAACCAAAGAGCGUCGAUUUAAAAAUACUUGAAAACAAAAAACUUAUUGAAAUGGCGGUUUCUGCCGAAAUUGAUAGGGUGACGGAACAGGGCAACUGUCUGAUGCCGGACAUCAAUAUUUGUCACGCCGAUUUGGCCAAUCCCACUGAGGCCAUCGUGACCAAGAUCAUGGUGCAUUAUUUGCGGUGUUUUGGGUUUCGCCUGGAUCCGCCCCAUAAGAUGGUUUCCGAACCCGCCCAUUCGUCGCGGGAGUCACGCGUAUUCCUAAUACGACUGUGCCGCCAAAUAGAGCGCAUCAUCCAGAUCAGUUUUCCCAACAAAACGUACAGUUAUAUGGACAUAAUUAAGCCAGCUGUCAAAAAAACGCUAGCCACCCUGAGCUACUUGUUCAACUAUUUGGCGUACUACAAAGUGUUCAAGAAAAACGUAUUGGGACCCGUAGAAGAGGCCAUUAAGCUAAAAGACUCGCUGACAGCCGAAAUCAAAGCGAAAAGCCAGCAGUUGGAGCAUUCAAAGGAGUAUGAGGUGGCUAUCAGCCAGAUCAAGAAAGAACUGCAGGAUACCCAAGCCAAACUCCUCCAGCUAAAGAAAUCGAGCAGCGAACAAAACAAUGGCCUGGAACUCCUCGAACAGCAGCAGGCGGAGCUGGAGAAGCGCAUCAGUCACUGGGAAGAGCAAGUCGUGGAAGAGGCUCAAGUUAAAGAACUGCGAGACAAAAUCAAGAGCGCCUAUUCACACGUAGAAAGCUACAAGGCGGAGCUGGCCACCAAAGAACAGGUAACCAAUGAGCAUCGCCGGGUGAUUGAAUCUAGCCAGGAAGUAGUCUCGGCUCUGGAAAAGGCCACAGCUAGUCUUUCUCUUAUUAAACUGGAGGAUCACAAAGACAGCUGCAAGGAGCUGGAUUCGAUGGAGAAGCAAGUGCCCAAGUUGGAGUCGAAUUACCAAAAGCAACGCCAGCUUUUGGAGGCCAAGAAGCAAGAACUCUUCACUUGCGGUCAGCAGUACGAGUCCCAGAAGCAGAAUCACAACGCGGAGGACCAGAAGCUGCAAAAACAGCUCGAAAGUCUGAAGUUUGACAUGGAGAAUAACAGCAAACGCCUACAGGAAUUUGAUAACCGCAUUAUGGAGAUAGACCAGCGAACUUUGGGCCAAGAGCAGCUGCAUGCCAUUUUGAUGGAUCACAUUUGUAAGACUCUCGGUGAAAACUGGCAGUUGAUUUCCACUUAAUAUACUGAUUUUAUUCUAUAAACUGCAAAA